AUGGACUCGGUGCUGAGAAAUGUGCCCGCUGCCGCCUGUUACAUAGACGACGUCGUCGUGUUCAGCGCAUCAGCGGAGCAGCACGUCAAGGACGUGAGCGACACCUUGGACGCCAUUCGAGCAUCUGGAAUGACCUGCCAUCCGAAGAAGUGCAGUUUCGGGAAUAGUACGGUCAAGUACCUAGGCUUUGAAGUGCAAGGGGGGCAGCUGAGCAUCCAGCAGGCGAAAGUAGAAGUGCUGGAUCGGGUCCCGGCCCCUAAGGACCGAAGCACGUUGAGAGCGGUCUUGGGGUUUCUGAAUUAUUAUCGGAAUUUCGUGCCCAACUUCAGCCGCACCUCAUCCGUGCUAAACCGAUUGCUGAGGGAAGACCAAGCGUGGCAGUGGGGGGAGGAAGAGCAGGGGGCAUUCAAGGCCCUCAUCAAAGCUGUAAAGACCGGGACUGUCCUUACCCUGCCCAGCAAGGAAGACCCAUUCGUGCUUUACACUGACUGGAGCAGCGCGGGCAUGGGAGGGAUUUUGUGUCAGGAGAGAGACGGGCAGGAGAUGGUAGUGGCCUUUGCGAGCCGGAGCUGCAACCCUGCAGAAGCCAAUUACAGCUCCUACGAAGGAGAGGGGCUCGCAGCGGUCUGGGCCAUUACCCAUUUCAGAGUGUACUUACAAGGGAGGCCGUUUGUGCUAGUCACUGAUCACCAGCCGCUCACGUGGCUGAUGACUAACCAGGCCUUGACGGGCAGGAAUGCUCGAUGGGCCAUGAGGCUGCAAGAAUACGAGUUCACCAUCCGACACCGGGCAGGGAAGACCCUGCAGCAUGUAGACGGGCUCUCUCGCAACCCGCCUCCCUCGAGCCCAGAGGCGUGCCUGGUGGCAUUGGCGAGAGAGAUCGACGGGGAAGGAGCCAAAAGGAAGGCGCAGAAAGGGGCGGAGGAUAUCUGGGAGGAUGAAGAGACUCUACGCUGGGUGCAAGGGAAGACUUCGGAAUCGGAACCAGCGAGUGAAAGGGCUAGAGCACGGGGACUGCACUAUCGGUGGUACCAGGACCAACUACAGAAGACUACGAAGGAAGGGUGGAAGCUAGUCCCGCGACCAGAGGAGCGGGAAGGGAUAAUCGCCAAAGUGCAUCGGCAGCUGGGGCACUACGGGAGCCUGCGUACUAGCCAAUUGAUCGAGACAGGCUGGUGGUGGGCAGGGAUGAGGGGAGAUAUCAAAGCGUGGGUUGGCCCCUGCGAGCUAUGCAGCAGGAAUAAAGCCGAGCUAGAGAGAGGGAGGGAAGAGCUGCACUCGCUACCCAUCAGAGGCAUCGGGUUCAGGUGGUCUCUAGACUUGGCGGGAGAAAUGCCGCUUAGUAGGAGAGGAAAGCGGUUCAUCCUCAUCAUGAUUGAGCACGGCAGUAAGUGGGUCGAGGUGAGGGCGUUGCCGAGCAAGAGCUCGGCCAGAAUUGCGGAAGCAUUCGAAGACCAGGUGCUGACGCGCUUUGGGGCCUGUGGAGAAGUGUUGACUGACCAGGGCACGGAGUUUCUGGGCGAAUUCGAGAAUUUACUGACAGCCAGCGGUAUCACCCACCGGCGGACGUCGCGGUACCACCCGCAGAGUGACGGGCUCACUGAGAGAUUCGUGCAGACUGUGAAGAAAGGGCUGAGAGCCUACGGGGAAAAGUUUAAGAGGGACUGGGACGUGAGGCUCCCUUGGGUGGUCGCAGGGUACCGUUUCAGUAAGCAGGCGGCGCUAAAGGACUUCUCUCCCUACUACCUGCUGCUGGGUAGAGAGCCUAUCCUGCCCAUAGACGCGCCUAGAGUGUUAACUGACGUGGUCACCAUGAGUUCAGACGAGGCCUGGGUGGGGCUGGCCGAGGCACGGGCAAGGUACCUGCGGGAGAUGCUACCAGCGGCGCUAGAGAACCUGCAGGUGGCCCAGCUCAGAGACGCACAGCGCUACAAGAAGAGGAGGGAAAGACAGGCGGUGCAGAAGGGUGCCCCGCUAGGGAUAGGGGAAGAAGUGUAUGUCAAAAAGGCCAGGCAAGACAUGCUGGACAUUGGGCUCAGCACGGAAAGGUGGAGGGUGAAAGAGGUUAAGGACUCGGGAGUCGUGGUGCUGGUGGGAGAUAAGGGGCAAGAGAAGAGGGACCAUCAGACGAACGUGGCGAGAGCCCGGCCCCAGCGAACGACGGCAGGCCCAGAAGGCGGGGGAAAGCAGGUAAAGGAGCUGCCUUUUAGCCAAAACGUCCAUCGGCGGUACCAGGCAGAGCAGACGCCGAGGAGGGGGCAAGUGGGAAAGGCAGGGGCACCCACUCAAGGCAUGAAGAGGGAACUGAGGAAUCCGCUAACGUGA